AUGCUUUUCGGCCGAGCUAGAAAGAGAUACGUUAAUGGGCUGAUAAGCGAUACCCUUGUAACCCCAACAGCUUCAAGCGGCGGGAAUGAUAAUAAGUCUGCUCUACCUGUAUUCGGAGAAUCUGAUAACGACGACAAUCCUGAAUGGGAAGACAUUGAUCAUGAGAUUGAGGAGGAGGAAGAGGAGGUCCGUCGAGAGCAGGAACGAGGGCUGGCCAAGAAGUCACAACUUCAGCCCUCCCAGGUUGAUACCUUCAUUGAACAGAUAGUCCAAGAGUAUAUCUCUCGCUGGGAGGAGAACAAGCUGCCAGCACGGCAGCGCCAGGCCUUCUUCCUAUGUGAUAAGGCUCGUCGGAAUGGCGCCCGCAACAGCCAGGUUGUCAGACUGACGGAUUUGGUGAAGCCGUGA